AUGGCGGGGAAGAAAACCACCACAGGCCGACGCGGACGCCCUGCAAGAGUCAGCACCGGGAAAAGCGACUCAGAUCACGGGCUGUUUGUCUCAUCGACUCCUGCAGAUUUGUUGAAGGACCUGAGUAGUGCCGUUGAAAAGCGUAGCAAGCACAAAUGGCAGAAACUCCGCGCUCAGCAUAGAGCUCAGGUUAAGAAAACAGAGGAAGGGAUACAAACAAUGGUUUAUUCGAACAAGUUGUCUAUCAUGAGACACCGGAGAGCGCAAAUCAAGCGCCUGUCAGAACUGGUCAAGAAGAGGACGGAGAUUGAGCUGGCGAUCGUGGCCAAAAUGCAGACGCUGGGUGAUCUGUAUGAAGCAGCUCACGGCGAACUGGAGUCGGUCCUGUCGCGCAGGAUAUCAAACCUUAAAUGA